CCCAAACUCGCCAAAAUAGCAAUCAAGUAGCCAAAACUUGAUUAUUUGAGCGCGUGUUUUGAGAAUUCCCGAGUUCGAUGGAUAAAAAAUAUUAAAGUCAGGGAAAACAACAUUCGAGAGACCCUUUUGGCUCAAUUAAAAACCAUACGCAGAGGACUAAAAGCGGCUUAGGUGGGAAUGGUCUGCAUGCCAAAAUUUGACAAGCGGUGUUGUUUUUAGUAACAAGGCAAGCGUCCACUGGUGAACACAGAUGAUUUGCUAAGGAGGGUCUACAACAUUUCAAAGAUGUCGGAGCACUUAAAAUUCCUGCUGGUUUCAACAAUCAUGUUUUGCACAUCUGGACCCAUUUGUAAUGGUCUCGAUUUCCGAAUUUUUUCUUCCGCCUUCACGCAGUACCAGCGUUUGCUGCAAAACCCAGAAGGCCUGGCUUAUGAUAUUCCGACAAACCUGCUCCACAGCGAAUACGAUUUUAUCGUGGUGGGAGCCGGCUCUUCAGGGUCAGUGGUAACCAACCGCCUGACAGAAGUUCCCAACUGGACCGUACUUUUGCUUGAAGCAGGCAAAGACGAAAUCGUGUUCACCGAGAUGCCCGUUUUCGCAGCCCACUUUCAGCUGACUGGCCUCAACUGGGGCUACAGGGCGCAGCCUCAGGAGGGCGCCUGUCUCGGACUGGAGGACAAGAGGUGUCCGUGGCCCCGCGGCAAAGUCGUAGGCGGCUCCAGCGUCAUCAACUACAUGAUCUACACCAGGGGUCACCGCGGAGAUUACGAUGGCUGGGAACAAAUGGGCAACCCUGGCUGGGGUUGGAAGGACGUUUUCAGGUACUUCCUGAAAUCCGAAAACGCCAGGGAUGACCUGGCCAAGUCACGGUUUCACUCAACUGGCGGAUAUUUGGACGUUGAAAGGGUCAGGCAUAGGACACCACUCGUGGACGCUUUUAUGGAAAGCGCUGGAUCAUUGGGCUUUGACAAUACCGUCGACUACAAUUCCGGUGACCUGCUGGGCUUCUCAAGGCUGCAGGUGAAUCAGCGUUACGGUCGUCGCUGCAGUGCCAGCAAAGCGUUCAUCCGUCCCAUCAGACACCGAGGCAACCUGCACGUGGCAAAAGAGGCCUUCGUGAGCCGAAUCCUGAUCGACCCUGAGACUAAAAGGGCGUGGGGCGUUGAGUUUUUUAGAAAUAAUAGAUGGUACUCAAUAAAAGCAAAAAAGGAAAUCAUCCUCUCGGCCGGCGCCGUUAACUCGGCCAAAAUCCUCAUGCUGUCUGGUGUGGGACCUACGGAGCACCUGGAGUCUCUGAACAUUCCUGUCGUCAAGAACGCACCUGGAGUGGGACAAAAUUUACAAGACCAUGCUUCGACCUGUGCAUUGGUUUUCACAGUAAACGACACCGUCUCACUCAAAGAAAAUCGUCUGACUUCAAAUAUUGGGCCGUUUUUGCAAUGGGUGACGGACGGCAGAGGGCCCAUUACCAUCGCCGGUGGAGUCGAAGCCCUCGGCUACAUCAGGACGCCAAAUUCCGUCACCCCUGUUGAUUAUCCUGACAUAGAACUCAUGUUCAUUGCUGGCUCCUUAAACGGGGACAGCGGAAAUGUUAUCAGAAAAGGCCUUGGAGUGACAGAUGAUAUUUUCAACUCGAUUUACAAACCCAUUGUCCCAGUGGACUCGUGGACUAUCUGGCCGAUGCAGAUGAAGCCCAACAGCAAGGGUUUUAUAAAAUUGAAGAGCAAAAAUCCUCAGGCGUGGCCACUGAUGUACGCCAAUUAUUUUGAAGACCCUCAAGACUUGGAAAUAAUUGUCCACGGAAUAAAGUUCGCCAUCGAAAUGAGCAAAACACCCGCUUUCCAAAGGUACAACAGCACUCUGCACACCACUCCUGUGCCAGGGUGCGACGACCUGGAGUUCAAUUCAGACGAUUACUGGCGAUGUGCCGUGCGAAGUCUGACCACGACCUUAAACCACCAGUGCGGAACGGCCAAAAUGGGACCUGAGAGCGACCCCGAGGCAGUGGUCGACUCGGAGCUCAGGGUGUACGGAAUUAGUGGACUUAGGGUGGUGGACGCCUCGAUUAUUCCGAGAAUUCCGGCGGCGCACACAAAUGCUGUUUGCAAUAUGAUAGGAGAGAAGGCGGCUGAUAUGAUUAAAAAUUCUUAUGGAAAGUAAUACAAUAUUAUAUUGAGAAAAUAUAAUUCAAGUUUAUAUCUGCAAACAUAAAAUUUAAAUAUUUAAUAUUUUUAUAAAUUUUAAAAAUGGAAAUUAAAAUUAGCUCAUUGGUUAUUAUAUAUAUUUUUAUAAUAAUUAAUUGAUUCUAAAUUAAUAUUAUGUUUUUGUCUGCCGUUGAAAAGUAUUCUACAAUUUUUAAUUUUUCACACAUCAGGUCACUUACUUAAAAAAAAAAUAAACAUUUGUGCUAAGCUUUUUCUGAUUAUCCAUGCAACCUUUCUUAAAAAUUGAAAUUUAAUUUUAAAGCAAAUAAUUUCAAAUUGAUUAAAAUUUCUCAAUUCACUGCUCACAUUAAAGAUUUUGCGCCGUAAAUUUUUGCAGUCUUGGACUAUGAAUGUUAUUUAAAAAAUAUUUUUUGGAUGUAAACUAUAUAAAGAUGUUCACAAUUUAAGCAUUCAUCUCAACAACAACUGUACAUAUAUUAGUCAGAAAAUAUGAAAAAAAUUUUAUUGGAAAUGAAGAGAUCGGGUUUUUAUAUGAUCAUCUCCUCAAGUGUCUACUUCUUCAAACAAAAAAUUUUUAAUACUGUCUAUUUUAUAUAUUUUUUUAUUAUGAAUUAAAACAAGAGGGCAAGAGGCGGAACGGAUAUGAAAAUUGUUAGGAAUUACUGAAGCAAACAGCAACCCUUUGGCUUUUCUUGGAAGAUAUAAUAAUAAUGUUAAACAUGCGCAAUAUGGGGGUGCAUUGUGUUGAAGGAAUGGCCAGCGCUUAUCUUCUCCUUUCAGACCGACGCAUGCUUGAGUGCACAUUUUAUUGUGUUUGUUGUUUGCCGCCGACAAUAAGUUAGUUUCGGCCUGCGCCAGAGAUAGCAGGUCAUUUUAAUUAUAAUUGCGCAAGACACACUAAUGCAAUAACCUCCGUAGCUCUCCGCGGAACGCUCUCAUUGAAUAUUUAAAUGAGAGAAGAGAGGAGAGCCGAUUUGAAUAACGCAGAGAUAUCUCUGUUUUGUGCAAAGUUGCGAUGGAUAGUCGAGAGGCUCUCUCCUGUAACCCUUCUUCUCCUCUUGUGUGUAUUUGUCAAUUGCGUGCCGAUGCAAUUAAGCGCACAAAACGUGACAUCCUUCAUUGGAUUUUUUUUAAUGAACAGGCAGGCACUUGCAAUUAUAAUGAACGUCAGUUCAAUCAACAAGUAAUCCAAGUAAUGAAAGGUUUCCUCAGAUGCACAUCAAAAUACUUUUUCAUAUCGUUUGAAUGAAAUGAAAGGAGACUUUAUAAGGGACUGUUUUCUUUUUAAUUAUCUGUUGCACACUAAUGAACCCUUCUGCAGAUGAGGUGCGUGAAAAGGGAUAAAGGAAAAGAGAUGAAAGGUUUUAAGAGAUUUGUAUUUAAAAGUGUUAUUACACAAUUUUUGUUAUUCUAGUUGUAGGACUUGUACACAUGUAUGGUA